AGGGUGGGCGAUUCGCGUCUCACUGAUUAACAUCUUCAGCCCAGCAUUGUGUGUCUUGGUCACUUUUCUUUAAAUGCCACGGAAAGAAAGGCUGGAGCAGCGUGGCGCACGAGGUAGGCUACGAUGUUAUGAAUCAGGAAUGACACAUGAAAAGUGUUGCUGAUGGUGGGUGGAGCCACUUUUUCCCUUUCUUUUUGAGAUGAUGUUCUGUGUCAGCUCAGAAAUCAAGUCUUCAGAUGGAAAAAGAAGCAGCUUGGAUGGUGAAUAGGAUGUUUCCAUAGAGAGAAACAUUCAGUUAAAGAUGAGGUGAGAUGAGGAUGGCCGAGCUAAAGCUCCUCUGUUCUGGUCCUGCGAGUAGCCUGCUGGAGAAGAAGGAUGCCGAGUGGACUUUACAGCAUCAGCAAAGUUAUUACUCAGAGAGAGCUCUGCUGAUUGAAGCAGACUCGGAGGAGGCGCUGGAGGUUUCAGCACCACGGACAGCGCCCCAGCCGCCUCGCAGGUUCUCCCAAUGGGGGACUGAUGAAGAAGUUCACAUAUGCCACGAUGAGGAGCUUGAGACCGGCGUGGACGACGUGGUCGGCUGGACGAACAGUUUGGAGACCAACUAUGACAACUUGAGCUGCAGCGAUCUCCAAGAACCCGUUCCAGAUCUUUCCGCGCUUCCCGAGGACGACUUCAUGACAGAGCCGGCGGAGAAGUCAGUGGAUUAUGGGUUCAUAAGCGCUGUCACGUUUUUAGUCACUGGGAUCUCCUUGGUGGUGGUCUCCUACACCAUCCCUCGAGACGUCCAGGUCAACCCGGACACCGUUUCGGCUCGAGAAAUGGAGCGGCUGGAGCGCGAGAACGCCAGGGUGGGCGCUCACCUGGACAGGUGUGUGAUUGCAGGGCUGUGUCUUCUCACCCUGGGUGGGGUGGUGCUCUCGACUCUGCUCAUGAUCUCCCUGUAUAAAGGCGAGAUGGUGAGGAGGCAGGCUUUUGCGUACUCCAAACACUCAGCCAAACUCUACGGUUCCAUCAGCUUUAGAGACGCUGGAAGCCCAACCAAUGUUCCCUCACAUUUGUUGCUAGAAGAAGACGAUGUGCCUGUUGACAUCUCCAGCUGAGACCUGUGCAGCUUCAUAUGAGUGCAACGGUCAGUCCUAUAACAGCUGUUGACUAUGUUAUUCUUCAGAGAACUAGGGAACCAAAUACUGAAUGUAUGGUGGUUUUUGUUUUAGAAAGAACCCAAAAAGGUAAACGUGCCAAACCCAUGAAUGUUGGAAUAUCACAAUUAUGGAACUGCAUGAGGCUGAGCAUUGUGAGUUGUGUGUGUCAUAGUAAAUGUUCAGUGUGAAAUAAAUUCUGUUACCAAUGUAAAA